AUGGCAGUCAAAGGAUUAGGAAAACCAGAUCAAGUUUACGAUGGGUCCAAAAUUAGAGUUGGAAUUAUUCACGCCCGUUGGAACCGUGUUAUUAUCGACGCCCUAGUGAAAGGUGCCAUUGAAAGAAUGGCUUCUCUCGGUGUCGAUGAAAAGAACAUAAUAAUUGAAACCGUUCCUGGAUCUUACGAGCUGCCUUGGGGGACCAAGAGGUUUGUUGACAAACAGGCCAAGUUAGGGGAACCAUUGGAUGUUGUUAUCCCUAUCGGUGUUCUUAUCAAAGGUAGUACUAUGCACUUUGAAUACAUUUCAGAUUCGACCACUCAUGCAUUGAUGAGCCUACAGGAAAAGGUCGACAUGCCCGUCAUUUUUGGCCUUUUAACUUGUAUGACUGAAGAACAAGCCCUGGCUAGAGCAGGCAUCGAUGAGGCACACUCCAUGCACAACCAUGGGGAAGACUGGGGCGCUGCCGCUGUGGAAAUGGCUGUUAAAUUUGGUAAAAAUGCUUUCUAA